UGUAAAGGGGGCAGGACCGACGGCGCGUCUCGCGCUUCUCAUCCUCAUCACAGCGCGAGCAGAGGUGCGCAUCAGCGAGCGCGAGCGGGUCAUCCUGCGUUAUUCUGCUCGCUUCGAUUUCACAUUAAAGAUGAAAUAUUCAAUGUGUCGGAAUCUGAACAACUCACAUUUCACUUUCUCAAAACGGGAUAUAAUGUGACUGCGAUGCUUGAGAAAUCUUUCUUAACUAAAGGAGUCAUACAAUGGGCAAACUUCACUCAAAACAUGCUUGCAAACGUCGCGAAAACCCCGAAGGAGACAGUUUUGGAGUCAACGCUUUUAUUUCAAGAAGAGGCGUUGAAGACGGCACACCUGAGUCUCGUCGGAAAGAGUUUCAGAAGUGUGAGGGCAUUGAGCUGAAGGAUGGGCAGAUUUCAGAUCAUCGCUGCCCUCUAGAGGUGGUCCUGCCUCCAGAAAGAGUGGAGGGAUGUGAGCGUUUGCUGCCGUAUCUGAACGCUGACGUGACCUGCAGAGGACACAAGCGCAUCAGUAUAGAUGACGUGGAGUGUAACGUGUCUGUUGGUGAAGAUAACAGGCACGAGUGGGUCUUCACCCUCUACGACUUCGACAACAGCGGAAAAGUGACAAAGGAGGACAUGUCCAGUUUAAUGCAGAGCAUUUAUGAAGUUGUGGAUUCAUCUGUCAAUCAGUCCUGUAACAGCAAACGGAAGAGCCUCCGCGUCAAACUGUCCGUCACCCCUGAACCUGCAGCACGCAGAAAAGACGGCAAACAUCCUGCGACAGAGAGAGACGCACUUCGUUUGAGUCGCAUCGAGCCGUCUCAUCCAGAAGACAGACAGCCGUCACACAUCAGGGGCCAGAGUUGUGAACCUCAGGACAGAAAUCACUAUUGUGUGGAUGAAAACACAGAAAGAAGAAAUCACUAUCUGGAUCUGGCAGGAAUAGAGAACUACACCUCCAGAUUUGACAGUUCCUCUCCUCCUGCGGCCCCGCCAGCACAGACCUCACGAGGAACACAGUCUCAAAAUCGCUCCCGGUCCCACGAGCCCGAAGCCCACAUCCAUCGUCGCCGGUCGCAGGUCAUCCCUGAUCACUGUGUUCCUCUGGACCCCCGUGUACGUGGACCCCAGUUCAUCAAACCUCCCAAAGGGACGUCCAGAGGAGCGGGCGGCAACCAGGCGCUGAUGGGUGGAGGAGGAAAGACAAACAAGUGCCACGGGGGUCAGGACGUAUACCACCUCCCACAACAGCCUCAACCUCUGACGGGUCACCAGCACCCUCUUCAACACAGCCACAGUAAGAGGCUGAGAUCCAAAACCAGAGAACAGGCCCUGUCCCCCCCCAAACAACCCCUGCUGGACCGUGAGCAGUCACCCGGCAACGCCACCGGCCUUGUGGUCCCGGUAGUCAAAAGACACGAGCACCAUCAUCACCACGAACAUCAUCAUCAUCACCACUAUCAUCAUUAUCAGCAGACAUGAUUCUGCCGGUUCAUUGAUGGAAAAACUCUGCCCUAGCAAAACUGUGGAUGUUUAUUUGAGUCACAUGCCAUCCUUUGAAAUCGACACAAGGAUCCGUUCAAGCAAACAGCAGAAGUUUGGAUUUCUUUUACUAUCAGGGUCAUAAAGGUCAUUUCUUUUUUCAUGCUUGUACUUGAGAAGGUAUGUCUAUAAAAGCAAGAAUCAGACUUUCAGAAAUAUAUUCUGGUCAAGCUCAGGCACUUACACUUUAUUCAUCAUGAUUAUAUUUUAUUUACAAACUGACCUGAAAAUGAACCUGAUCGAAGUAAAGAAUGAACUGUCAAAGAUUUUUUUUAAGUAAUCUCUGGAAAUGUAAGAAAUCUCUUAGAAUUUAUAAUACUCACCAAUGUUUGUGAUGUUUUCCCCCCAAAAUAGGAAGGGACCAUUGUUGUUAUUAGAAUAUUACAAAAGACUAGCAAGAAUUAAAGUGAUGUUGUUGAGUACACAUAAAAACAGUAUAACAAAGAGAAGAAAUGUGAUUUACAACAUUAAAGAAUGCAAAUGUAAUAUUUUAUCCAAUGUAUUCAAACAUGAAAGCUGCAUGCUAGGAAUGACCCUAUCAUAUAAUGUAAAAUGAUAAACAAUAAGCCACGAUGCUAUGGAUUUUUUGUCUCUCUGUAAGUCUCAGGUGAACGGUGCUGCUCUUUAGUUUUUCUGGGAAAAGGGCUUUUUAUCCUUUGGGAGACCCACCAUGAGUGAAACACCAAAGGAAAUAUCACCACUGCCAGUUUUAAUGCAAACAAUGUCUUCCUGUAUGUUUAGAAGUAAAUAAAAAUAUAUGAAUAGUAACAUACGUAUGAUUAUACAGCAUAUUUAUCAUGGUUUAUACAUGUGCAUCUAUGUUUUAUAUAUAUGAAUAUUUUAAUAAAAUACUUAAUAGUUACUAUCAAGUGCAUUUGAGAUCUGCCUUUUAUUUUAUUAAAGAACAAACAAAAAGGUGUUAUCAAUGGAGAAUGCAUAUAAUUAUAUAGACCGUGUCAUCCGACGCGCGCGCGCCUGACCCCCAGUUAACUUCCGGUUUGUGUUUGGCUAGUGUAACAAAAUAACUAUUUAUAUUUUAUUUAAUUUGUGUUAAUAUCAAUUUGUAUUAUUAUUUUACUGUAUAAUGAUUGUAUUAAAUAAACGAUUUCUUUAAUCUU